AUGACACCCCGCUUUGACUGGGAAGCCAAUGGCCUCAACAGAGCUCGGUUCGAGGCUUUAACGAAACUACUACGUUUGCGUGAUCAUGGCCAAAUUGAACCUCCGUCCCGGUUCGAUGAGCUGCAGCAUGAUGCAAGAGCCGACGGUGAUGCUGUCUCUGACGACGUCGACUCUACCAAGGCAUUUACGCUCGCGGAUUUCAACCCCGAUCACCUGCGGAGAGUCUUUCUUGAUAGACUAGCAGAGCUGGUAGCUAACGAGAAGGGUGGUCGACAUGUCGCCGCUACCAUGAUGGUCAAUGGCCAAGACAAAGUUGAUGUCUUCGUUGCUAGAAACAACAAGUUUCGUCCGAACGACGUGACAUUUCUUGAGCAGACUGAAGCGCUGCUGCGUCUCAUUGCACGUGGCGUGGGCGGAGGUAGCCAGCAUAGUUCUACGCUUUGGACAGUACUCCUUGAGCACUACGAGACGAGGAUUGAAGGCUACAUUGUUGACCUUAGACAACUUCUCAAACGGUGUUUCCCGACUGAAGUCCCAAACAACCAGCCUCAAGUCGUGGAGUCUCCCCUUGUUUCCCAUCUACGCGGACUGCGAGACGACGCCUUUGCGCUGUAUCCAUCGACAGCAACCAGAAACGAGGUUUUGGUGCGUCGAGCUCACUUUAUAUACAAGAGCUUCCCAGUCGACGACUUUGCUGGACUUCAUUUCUCUGCUUCGCCGGACUUUAGAAGCUGCCUAGGUUUCCUGGGAAGACUCCAUACUUCGUUUAGUGUCCUUGUCAGAGCCGCGGAAAGACUGCCAAGCUUCGAGAACAUCAACAUCUCUAUCGUCAGGCUUCCAGCCCACAGUAACGCGGUCGCCAAAAGGGGCGAAGUAGACGUUGGGGGUUGGACUCUCGCCCAAGUCUUCGAUCAUCUAGGACACACCCUAACCGACGACCGGGUGCACAGUCUGCUGGGCUCUCGAGGCAAAAAGGCUCGGUGGACCAGAAGCAAAUUGCUGCAGGAAUUCAACAAACUGAAGUCAUCGACUUGGGAAGUACACGCCGAAAUGCAACUGUUGCCGUCCUACAUCCAGGCCAUGGCGACGACUGACUCGGUCGUUCAGUAUAUCGGGUGCAGCAAGAAAAGCUGUUUCCUCUGCUGGCACUUUUUGGACCUAUUCGCGGGCAUCAAGACGAGAGGAUGUCACGGAAAGCUGUACAAUCUCUGGGGACUCCCGGAUUUUGAGGGUGUAAUCACUGAGCAGAUGGAACGAGUCGUGGCAUCAGUGCGAGAUGUCGAAGGCUUGGUCGAGCGACAGAUGUUAGAUGGGCAGGACCGGAUCUUGAUGCAGGCGAAGGAGUCAACUGUUGGCGCAUCGUCGAUCAAGACGGCCAUUCCGGGUUCUGGGCAGCCUUCGAUGAUCAAGAGGGUACUGGAGUACCUUGAGAGCCAGAGGGCUAGUCUCUUUUUUCCGAGAGAAAUUGCAGAAGAGCCGCAAUACGAGGAGGCGGCCGGGAGCUCCGUGAUCGAUGAGCCCAACAACGAUACAGUACCCACCGCUGGUCCUUGCAGAAACACUGACUGUGAUAAAAUCACCACCCGACGAUGUUCUUACUGUGGCGGGCCCUGGUUCUGCAGCGUCAGGUGCGAGGAACUCGAAACCUACUCCCACAAGUUCUCCUGCAAUCGCCGACCGAUCACCACGGCAGAUCUUCUCGAGAAAGACUGCUACCGAGACUUACUCCCAGAAGACCCCCAGGUCCGUGAAGACUAUGGGUUCCAGCGCUGUAGAAACCGCAGCGAAGAGACAAUGCUUUUUGGGCUCUAUGUUGGGAUUAUCAAGUAUCGCAACAUCUCCAGCGAGGAGUUGCAUCACUGGAGGAUAGAGGGUAUUCUCGUCGACAAGAUCGUAGAGGUGUUCUCCAAGAUACCCGAAGGCUUCCGUGGAAGUUACUACCCCUGGUUCCUCUGCAAUAGGCACAUCCUCGAAGGCGAACAGAAUGUUAUACGCGACGAGGACGACGUGGAUAAGUACAUCCAAGAGCGAUACGCCGAGGCGAGAGCCUAUCUCGACCCGACAGACGAGACCAAGGCGGUCGAGGAUCUAACCCCCUUCGCGAAGCAAUACUGCUUCUUUUUCUUCUCCAUACUCCUCGACAGCAAGCACCCGGGCCCACAGAUGGCGCUCCUAGAUCUCUGGUACGAUUUCGGCUUCGUCGUCUGCUCCGACGAGCACGAGGAAAACACACUCUCAAACUGCUACCAGUGGCUCCUGCUAGGCAAUAAACCUGCGAGAGACCACUUCCGAAGUCUGCGGAUGGAGCACCUCGCUCCCCUAGACUUCCCAAAGUGCAGCUUCACCGAUUUUUGGAAAGCCUGGGAGGCAGGUUCGUUGAUGGAGCUGUUUAGUCGGUACGGCACCUCUGGAGGCGCCGACAGUUACGGAACCAAGCUCGAUUACCGGUUUCCUGCACUGCGAGAAUUCCUGUCGUACCCCGGCAAGAGCCCUCGGCCAUCAGUCUGGAGGCUGAAACACUUCCUUGCGAUCGAGAAUGCGUACGUUCUGACCGUUGCGCCAGAGAUUGGAGCUGCGGCGAUGGAGUAUGGGUUCUACCCGCAGCUUGAUACAAGGACUAGGCUGGAUCUUCAUGACUUCUACAUCCGAGUCUUUCGGCGUGGGUUGCUGCCCAGAGAGAUGGAUGAGGCGAGGAGGAAGGGAAAUAUGCAUGAGAUGGCGGACCGGUGGAGUGGCGGCGAUGUUAGCGAGAGGGUUAAGCAAGUGUUGAGGGAGUGCAGGAUACUGAGAUCGUGGACAACCUAG